GCGACUAAGAAAUUGCACCACUUUAGAUGCGUAUUUGAAAUUCCCAAAGUUUUGCUAAAAUGUUAAUGUUAUAAAGAUAGUGGUGAAAAUGUAAGCUUUUGUCCAAUUUGAACCUCAGCGAGAUCAAGACAGUCCCAGUUGAUAUGAAAAGCUUACCAAGAAUAACUGUAAACCGACACAGAAUUAGUGCGCAUAUCAGACAUUCUAGGUGCGGUGGUUUUGCGCAGAAGUGUCAUAGCGCCAUGGGCUCCUCCUGCCUUCACUCAAGUGUUUCUCCUUCUCUCAGGUAAGGGUAUAUUUUAAAAGUAGGGGGAGGGGGGUUUUUGCUUUUGUUCUGUUGAAAAGGGGGUUUGUUCCUCCAGGAUCGCCCUACCAUCUUAACCAGGGGGUUGACACUGGCAAUGGGUGUAGAGGAGGGGAUAAGAGAGCGCAGUCAGUCCAGCACCAGCGUUUGCUAAGGACACACUACCACACCACCAUCACCGCAAAGGGGAUGCGCCAGUUCGCUUCCUCUGCUUGACUGUCAAUCGGACAUUCAUCCCAGGACUCCAACCAAAUUACUGAGUGGAUAAGCCAGGGAAACGGCGUCAGAGAAUCCACCUUGGAGAUUUCUAUACCGGCUUGCAAAUAUCGCUACUAAUGUACAGUCUACCAUCUCUGUGGACGACAGUGGACUUUAUUUGUCUUUCCUUCAGACGCGCUUUUCUUUGACUUCCAUAUCAACACGAAAGCUCAUUUACCAAAGCUCGACAUGCACAUUGCUUUGUCAAUAAGUGCACUUAAACGUCCAGAGUGAUGCAGCAACACUGACUGACUUGACUGACACUUGUUCAACAACAGUGUCCUAACUCGUGUUUGUAUUUUUUCGGUGAGGACGUGGUCCUGGUCAUGCCUCAGACAGCGUUUCUGCCAUGAAAUGUAUUUGUUGCUCAAAGAUAUAUCGAUCGCGUCGGCGCAGGCUGUGAAUUGGAGUUCACGGGAGAGUGUUUUAAUAAAGGAUAUAAACAACAACUGCUGAGAGAGGGAAAAAAAAUCCUUCGAGGUCGUUUUGAAUAAAAUAAAUACCCUCCGCUGAUCGUCAGAAUUUUAUCAGCUAGGACAACCCCUUUUAUCAACAUGCGACUUAUUCCUUCGCGACUGAGUUAUCUGUUCCUCCACCUUUUUGCGUUCUGCUACUACGCUCAGGUAACCAUUCAGUCCCCGCCUAAUUUUACACAGCAUGUGAGUGAACAAAGUAAAGUGACGGACCGGGUAAGCAGGAGACUCAUUCGGACCUACCAGCUUUACAGCCGAACCAGCGGCAAACAUGUCCAGGUACUGGCGAACAGGAAAAUCAACGCCAUGGCGGAUGAUGGGGACGUUCAUGCUAAACUCAUUGUGGAGACAGACACAUUUGGAAGUCGAGUUCGCAUCAAAGGAGCAGAGACAGGCCUCUACAUCUGCAUGAACCGCAAGGGGAAGCUGAUUGGCAAGAGAAAUGGACAGGGGAAGGACUGUAUCUUCACCGAGAUCGUCCUGGAGAAUAACUACACGGCGCUGCAGAACGCCAAGUUUGACGGCUGGUACAUGGCUUUCACACGCAGGGGAAGGCCCAGGAAAGGCUCCAAGACCCGGCAGCACCAGCGCGAGGUCCACUUCAUGAAGCGCCUGCCCAAGGGACACCACAUCACGGAGCAGCGGCCGUUUGAGUUCAUCAACUUCCCCUUCAAUAAAAGGACUAAACGCACACGCUACUCACGAGAGCGCUGAUGACCAAGGAAAGAGGAAGAAACGAUAGCUGAGAACGAUAGAGUGAGAGAGAGAGAGGGAGGGGGGAGUGAGAAAAAAAGACUGAAUGGACAGAAGUUCUCCACCUCCUCUUCCUCCUCUUCCACUCAUGGACUUCUAGAAACAGUUUUGUACUGAGCAUUAAUAUACCUAACAAUUAGUUUUUAUAAUUUUCCAGAAAGCAAAAAAAAUUAGAAAAAAAGUGGGAUAAAUGAAAUCUAUUUUUGUACUCCAGACUUUUAGUACUGACCUGUGUAAAAUGUUUUAGAGAAUGGUGCAUAAGACUCAUUGGACAUGCAAUGAGAGCUGGCGUUUUAAUAGUGCGGGACUUUAUCUCUGUGUUUUGUUUUGUUUUGUUUUGUUUUUCGGACAGUUCAGAGUUUGUACUUUUCACAAUGCUGCUUUUUGGGAGAUUGGAAGAGCCUAAGAGAACGCACUGACAGUAUGAGAGAUGUGUCUUUUCAAACUCUCUUAUACACAAACUCACGCAUGUAAAAACACACACACACACAUACACACAUGCUGACACACUGACACGCACCUACAUAGUAACACAGACUAAUGCAUUUCCUGCACACAUGCAAGCACACCCCUACACAUCCACAUAUACCAUGGGCUCCUCUAAACCUCCCAGUGAUUAGACACCCUACUCAUCUCUGAAUAACCUCCCGGCUUCUGGAACUUUCUUGAGACGGACACAGUAAAAGCAGACCGAGCUUUAAAGACACAUUGUUAUGGCAGCUAAAGGUUUAUGAUCACAGGUUUCCUGGGUUUAACUGUAAAUUGGAGGUGUAUAAAUGUGUCAUUUGAAAUGUAGGAAACCCUUUGUUCUUCGUUGCAUUUUGUUUGUAUGUUUUUUAUACAUAUAUAAAUAUAUUUUUAUUUGAG